UGUGCGCAGAAGUAUAUUGUGAAGAACUACUUCUACUACUACUUGUUCAAGUUUUCAGCUGCUUUGGGUGAAGAGAUUUUCUAUAUCACUUUCCUUCCAUUUACCUACUGGAACAUAGAUCACUCUGUGUCUAGAAGGAUGAUCAUUAUUUGGUCUAUAGUGAUGUACAUAGGCCAGGUCUCCAAGGACAUCCUGAAGUGGCCUCGGCCCCUCUCGCCACCUGUCGUCAAGCUGGAAAUGAGGACGGAUGCAGAGUAUGGGAUGCCUUCCACCCACGCCAUGGCAGCUACUGCCAUCUCCUUCUCCUUUCUCAUUGCAACUGUGAACCAGUACAAGUAUCCCUUCGAACUAGGCCUGGUAGCAGCGUUUGUGUUUUCGACGCUGGUGUGUCUCAGCAGGCUCUACACAGGGAUGCACACAGUCCUGGAUGUGAUCGGCGGAGCGCUGAUUUCGGCUGUGCUGCUUGUGCUCUUGUAUCCUGCGUGGGACAUGAUAGAUCACUCGCUGUUAACUAGUCCCUUCUGUCCACUGCUUUCCAUAGUUGUACCUCUCGUCUUAUGUUACAACUACCCCAAACUAGACUAUUACAGCCCUACGAGGGGAGACACCACUACUAUCUUAGGAGCAGGAGCUGGAGCAACUGUGGGAUUUUGGUUAAAUAACCAGUAUAUUGCACCAGCCUACACCAGUGAAAAUUUUCGGCUUGGAUUUCCUCUGAUCACCGGUAAAAUCGUGGUAGUUGUGCUAGCCAGGUUCCUUGUAGGGAUCUUUGUUGUUCUACUGACACGCCAGUUCAUGAAGAGUGUGGUCCUUGGCAUGCUGCGUUAUCGGUACAAGUUUCCCAUUGGCGACCUGGAAGCCCGGAGACGACUGGAAGUUGAAGUGCCAUAUAAAUUUAUAACGUACUCCUCAGUUGGCUUCAGUGCGACUGUGAUUGUGCCACUGCUGCACAAGCUGUUAGGACUGAUAUGAGCAUAACGCCUUCCUUAGAGCAACGUAUGGCACCACCCUUUCAGAGAUGCGAUAAGUCGAUCAAGGCUGGUAACCUGACCAAGAAGUGUUUUGUGCCUUUCUGCACUGGUGUGGUGGGUCGACCCUGGCUGGACACCAGGUGCCCACAGAGCUGCUCUAUCACUCCCCUCCUCAGCCUGACAGGGUGAGAAAAUAUAACAAAAGGCU